AUGGAUGUUCCAGCGCCACCACAGUUUCGCCGAACUCAGCACGCCAACGGCACCAUACGGGCCCAACCCUCCUUCGACACGACACUCACCUCAGCGCCGCUGUUUCCUGCUGCCACCCUCGUCCCCAGACCCCGCACACCGUCUCUCACGUCCGGCAUGGAAGAAGCAGGACUGCCUUUUGGGUAUACGCACAGACAACAGAAGGUGAGUGCCGCCGACGGUAGUACCAAGAAACGCUCACAUGCUCAAAUGGACGAAGAGGAAGCCUCUGCCUCGCCUGCAUGGAGAUAUGAGCCCUUCGCCGACGACCGCGAAGCUCCACCAACCUACCACCCCACGGGCCUCUCCUUCGACGACCAUUACGACGAUAGACAAAGCCCCGCGCGCGAGCAAUACGAACCACGCACACGCUAUCAUCUCGAGCGCCAAGCAACACCCAGCUUCGAGUCCGCAUUGCGCUCGCACGCCCGACCACCGAUAGAACGCGCCUCCUCUAGCGCCGUACAUUCACAUACCGCAGGCUUACACCUGCCGAGAGUGGACAAUAUGGCGUCAUCAGCAACAAGGCGGUUCGAAGGCGACGGCUUCGACUACAGGCGGCCAGCUGGCUCGGCGAGGAACCAUGAAGCAGCAGCAUCGGUUGACUUGACAGGGGAGGAGGAUAUGGCUAUCGACCUGAGCCAGGAUGACGAUGUGAUAGAUCUCACGGCUGACGAUUUGGGAUAUGGUGCAAGUCACGAUGGUCAUAAUGCACGCGAGCAACAUCGACACAGACAGCAAGAGUCACACCAUGGUCGCCGACAUGCGCCUCGUCUACCACGGGGCAUGGAUAUCAUCAUCGAUCUCGACAAUGGAGACGAAGAGUGGAAUGUUGAUGCACCAGCACCAGAACCGAGCUCACCUGAGAUUGAAUUCAUUUCUUCACGUACAAUACCGGGCCGACGCCUUCCUCUGCCGACACAUGGGAACGAGAACAACUCGGACGGAGACGAGGUGGAAUUUGUACGGGCAAACGCAUUACCAGAGGCAGAGCAACGGAGGCGGCAAAGGAACCAAGAGUUGGACAAUGUCAUGGAUCUCUUUGGCACAUUAAAUGGACGUUUCACACAUCUCCGAGCCCAAGUCGAUCGAUUCCAUGCCCAGAUCAAUCGAACAGCACAUCAAUUCAACGAGCCGAUUGCUCCCGCUCGUAGCGCGUCUCGUGGCCGUGCACCGCAUGUCCGAGUGGGCGCUUUCAUGGCGCCUGUGUUGGACUUUGACGUAAUAGGUUUCGAACUUAAUCCACGAGCACGCGAAGCACCACCUCCACCACCAACUUACAGCGCGCCACCGAAAGCUCCAGAGGGUUUUACGAGAAGUCCGGAGGAGGAUGGUGGAGCGCUUAUAUGUCCUAAUUGCGAGGAGGAGCUGUGUGUGGGAGGGGACGAGACGAAGAGGCAGGUGUGGAUUGUGAAGGGAUGUGGUCAUGUCUACUGCGGCGAAUGCACAGCCAAUCGAUCGGCUAAGCGCAGUGCAAAGGGCAAGGAAAGACCAGCGAACACGAAGCCAUUCAAGGAAUGUGUGGUCGACGGCUGCGAGAAGAACGUGUCGAACAAGAAGAGCAUGAUCCAGGUCUUCUUGUAG